GGUGGUAGUGGAAGAGGUAGUGGGAGUAUUAAGUGCCUUUAAUUCCGUUGCUCUCUCUGAGCCAGUCUCCAUUCUCUUCUUGUAUGGAACGAUUUCUUUCCAGCAGGAUGUGGAAGUAUAGCAUUGCAUCGUGUAUUGUCUUACUGUAUCUCUUAUGCGUCACGCAUGGGAGAGCAUACAAACAACAAACAUUCUUCAACGAGAAAGAUUACAAACACAAUCAACAAACAUUUAACAACAGGAAUAAGUACAAACAACAAACAUUCAACAACAGGAAAGAAUACAAACAACAAACAUCCAACGAAUUUGAUGUCCUAAUAUUUACUCAGCAAUGGCCGUUUACAGCUUGUCUCGUGUGGACACAAGAUUCCAGUACACAUAGUUGCGUGUUACCUAACCAUGACUCAUGGACUAUCCAUGGGAUUUGGCCUACCAAAUACAAUACAUUAGGCCCACAGUUCUGUAACAAUACGUCAAAAUUUGAUCCAAGCUUUUUAAAGCCUAUAGAAAAAGAAUUAACAGAAAAUUGGCUUGAUAUCCAUAAAGGGUCUAAGCCUUAUUCGUUCUGGAAACAUGAAUGGGACAAACAUGGCACUUGUGCAGUCGCAAUGAAGCCUUUAGACAAUGAAUUUAACUAUUUCCAAACUGGACUAAAAUUACUCAAGGAGUAUAAUAUGAUGGAUGUACUUGCGAAAGCAAAUAUUUUGCCAGGUAACAGAUACAAGGUAGAAGAUAUGUUAACAAAAAUCGAAAAAAUAUUGACUAAAAAGGGACAAAUAAUGUGUAUAAUUGACAAGGAAACGCAAGAAUCAUAUGUGAUGGAGAUAAGAAUUUGUUUUGACAAAACAUUACAACUGAUAGACUGUAAUGGCAUAUAUCACUUUCCCACAAACUGUAAUAGAUCUAAACCGAUAAUAUAUCCUAGCAAUACGACAGAAUAUAAUGUAAUAAAGAUAUAACGAUGACUUAGGGUAUUAUUGCCUACAUCAUUCUUUUGAACGAUUAUGAUUGCUGAGGGUACUAGACAUGCAAAUAAAAUGAGAAUAUAUGUUGUGCAAUCUUUAGGAAAAUUCCUUAUAUGUUAAAUAUGGACAUCGGAAUUAUCAUCGAUACAAUGACAACCUAACAAUAUUAUGUUACAAUCGAUAACACUGCAUAAUUAAUUAAUUAAUUAUACCUAUUGCACCAUGUAUAAAAAAA